UUCCUGUACUCUGUACUGGCGUUCAUACUAAGCUACUUCUGAACGGAGGUAUUUUUUUAUAAUGUUACGUUUAUUAGUAUUGGCUUUGGCCACGUUUGUCUCCUGUGACUUCGACGAGGAAUUACACAAUAAGUACCUGUCGAUGCCACAUGAUGAGUUUGUGGAGUACUUCAACAGCCGUAAUUACUCCUACACGAUCAAGGCUUACGACUUUGAUCCAGUAGUCGGAAUGGUAAAAACCUUCAUCCCAGAAGGUAUCCCCGUGAUCAGUUACAAUGACAGUUCAGUUGCCGAUUUACCUGAGAACUUUGACUCCAGGGAGAAGUGGUCACAUUGUGCCACCAUUGGAGAAAUUCACAACCAGGGCAAAUGUGGUUCCUGUUGGACCUUCGGCACCUCCAACACGGCUUCUGAUCGCACUUGCAUCCACAAAGGCGUGACUGUUCGACUUUCUCAACAGGAUUUCAACUGCUUCUCCAAAGACGUUUGUAGGGGGGGUUAUCCAAAUGAAGCCUUUGAAUUUUACGUCAGCACCGGUCUCGUCACUCAAGAGUGCAAACCUUACGACAUCGAAUUUCUCAAAAAGCGCCAAUGUGACAAGAAAUGUGUCAAUGGUGCAGAUUAUGCUGGAGAUAAACAUAGAGGCUCUUCAGUUAAGGCGGUGAACAGCGAAGAGGGGACUAUUAAAGCUGAAUUAUUCAAAAAUGGACCGAUACAAGCCGCAUUUUCGGUAUAUGAAGAUUUUAAGAAAUACGAAGGGGGAAUUUACGAGCAUAAAUACGGGGAGCUACUAGGUGGACACAGUGUUAGACUGAUAGGGUAUGGUGUAGAGAAUAAUGUUCCAUAUUGGUUGGUGGCGAACAGCUGGGGCACAGGUUGGGGUGAAAAAGGAUUUUUUAGGAUCAAACGGUACGGCAAAGACGUUGAAUUUGAAAACUACUUAUGUACCGUAUUUCCCUAGAAAUAAGUUUGUCUUUUAAUUCCUUAUCCGACAAAGGGUUGUCUCCUUUCUAAUUAUGUUUGACCACCAAUCUGCACGGUGUUUUCUUUCUUUAUUUCUUUGAUGCAAUAAAUAUGAUUCCAUGCGUUUAAAUCAAA